GCUGGCCCUGCUGUGAUAUUUGAGCCUGGCUCUCCCACUUUAAGGGAAAGACACAGACAGCAAGCACAGAAAGAGAGGGAAAGAGAGAAUGGGAAGGAGCUGAAUGGGAUUCCAGGAGAAGCAGAGCUCUGCCUGGGAGGGUGCCUUUGGUUGGGGUGCCCUGCCCCACCUCCAGGCCGCCUUUCUCUGGCUUCACAGACUGGAGGAGAGCAGGAGGCGGAGGGGGCAAGACGGUGUUCCUGAGCACAAGGCAAACUUGGUCUGAUCAAGAACAAUACAAGAAAUCUAUCACAUUUGUAAUUCCAGCUUUUCAUUUUUGAACUGGGCACUGCUACCAGGAUGGCUACAAAAAGCACUCUAUCAACUUUUAAGUUGUUGACCACAGUUUCCCAUUGAGGAAUUUCUGAACAGUGUAAAGAAGGAGUUCAAAAUGGCAGAGCUCACUGCAGAAAAUGGCAGCUGCACGGACUGGCAGAAACGAUGCUUUAUGUUAGAGACACAGCUUUUCAAAUUCCGCCUGCAGGCUAGUAAGAUCCGGGAGCUCCUGGCUGAGAAGAUGCAAGAACUGGAGCAAAGAGUGGCCGAAGCAGAACACAGAGCCCAAAGUGCAGAGAAGCAGGUUGAAAUCAUGGAAGAGAAGUUGAAACUUGCCAACAUGAAAACCAAUGAAUCAACUGAAUACAAGAAAUAUCAGCAGAUGAUGAGCAGAGUGCAAGAGAAGGAUGAACUGAUUGAAAAACUGGAGGUCCAGCUGGAAAAGCAGAAACAGCUAAGGGAAGAAGAAGCUAAAUCUGUCCAAGAAAAAGCAGCCAAAAUUAAGGAUUGGGUGACAGCUAAACUAAGAGAGCUGGAGCUGGAAAACCAUUAUCUUAAGGAUUGUAACACAAGGUUAACAGAGCAGAUCAAAGCUCUUCAAGCAGCUCUACAAGAUCUAAUAACUGUCUCGUCUGAAGAAUCCGUUUCCAGCUGUAAUAUCAGACUACUUAGAGACCCGCUGUCAUGCCUCCUUGAAAACUCAGACCAGGAUCCCAGGUUUCUUGCUGUGGACAUCAAACAAUCCUGUCAGGGUGUAUCUACACAAGGAAUUCCAUAUAUAGCAAGUAUGGUCUUUAUGGAUGACACCUCUGUAGCUGAUGAGGUGGAUAAAUCAGUGCUUUCUCAAAGUUCACUGAGGCUUAUCUCUGACUCCUCAAAUAACAAUAGCGCUUCAGCCAAUGACCUGGUCUCCAUGGCAGAGUCUCCGUUUUGCACAACUUCAUUAAAACACAAAGUCGAGGCUGUGAAAAUCCGUGGAGCAUUAACUUUUCCAUCUCCCCUGGAGGGAUGUAAGAACUUGACUAGUGCCUCAGACAAGACAGUGCACAACUUGUACAAGCAACCAGAUGAAAUGAAUUCUGAGAUUAACACUUCUAGGUGGACCUCAUCCUGCUCUGGGGAACUCAGAAACAUCUGCAGCAGUCCUAUCUCAACGUCAGCCCCAGCUUUGAAGCUGCAAAAAUCCAUCAUGUCAAUACCCUCCCAUUUUCCAGGGAAGGAAGGUGGACUAGGCAGCAGCAUGACUCUCCCUAAGGUACGGACCCCUAGCAAUCCAAGGGACAGCAUCCUGCUAGCCAAGAGGCAUUAUAGCCAACCACAGCCAGGAGCAGAUUGCUUCCAUCAUGUGGUGAACAUUGAGAUCAGUACUUUUCAUCCUAAAAGAGCCACUGCCCAUUGCCAGGGAAAAGUUGAGGAGACAGAUAUCGAUGAAGAGGUAGCAGAGAAGAUGGAAACCGAUGACCGUGUGGUGGAAAUGCAUCAAUUGUCUUGUCCAAGAAGUGAGACCAACACUCCGGAAACCACCAUAGUCCUGGAUCCAGGAGGCAAGCCACCCACCCCUCCAUUGCACAGAUUUCCAUCCUGGGAGAGUCGGAUCUAUGCAGUAGCUAAGUCUGGCAUGAGACUUUCAGAAGUGGCUCUUGGGAGUGACUCUUCUAGCCAUGCUUCAAAUUUCCCAACGUAUUCAUCACCUGGGCCAUACACUUGCCACAUUUACAAAAAUGUCACAGUGCCUGUCUACACUAUGCUAAAAGGGAAAGCCACCCAAAUCAGCAACACUCCUUUCAUGGAUGAGUCCUCAGGCUCUGAUGAUGACUGCAGCUCCCAUGUUAGCAUCAGUGCUUCCAAUGCGGGAUGCGAGCUCAGAAGAACAAGCAUGCCAGGCAGCCCUCGUGCAGUGAAAAGAGCAGGUGUUUCUAUGUCUUCAGUUAGCUCAGAAAGUGAUUAUGCCAUUCCUCCCGAUGCUUACUCCUUGGAGGAAGACUAUUCUGAACCUGAGCACAAACUCCAGAGAACAUCAUCUUAUUCCACUGAUGGUGGGGAACUGUUAGAAAAAUCUGGUUAUCUGUUGAAAAUGGGUGACCAGGUAAAAGCAUGGAAGAGAAGAUGGUUUGUUUUGAGAAAUGGACAGAUCAUGUAUUAUAAGUCUCCGAGCGAUGUUAUCUGUAAGCCACAGGGGCGGAUUGAACUGAAUCCUUCUUGCCAAAUUGUAAGGUGUGAAGGAUCCCACAUUUUCCAGCUCAUCACUGAAAAAAGAACUUACUUCCUGACAGCUGACUCUCCUAACAUCUUGGAAGAGUGGAUCCGUGUCCUUCAAAACAUCCUGAAAGUGCAAGUGACCAGUGCCUCUCAGGUGUCUCUCCGAGAUGCCAAACCCUCUGUGAAAGGCUGGCUCACCAAGGUGAAACAUGGACGCUCAAAGCUGGUUUGGUGUGUGUUGAUUGGGAAAAUAUUUUACUAUUACCGUAAUCAGGAGGACAAGUGUCCACUGGGCCAUUUGCAUCUGCAUGAAUCAAAAGUGGAAGAAGUAGAUCGCUCCUGUGAUUCUGAUGAAGAUUAUGAAACUCAUGGUGGGAGCCUCCUUUCUUCCCAUUGCACCCUGGUUAUCCACCCUCCAGAGCAGAGUCCUACCUACCUGCUCAUUGGUACUAAACAAGAGAAGGAUACUUGGUUAUACCACUUAACAGUAGCAGCAGGCAGCAGCAAGAGCAGUGCGAAGGUGGGCACUGCCUAUGAGCAGCUGAUUGGGAAGCUAUUGGAGGCAGAAGGAGACCCAAAUUCCCCUUUGUGGAAACAUCCGGUGCUCUGUUACAGCAAAGAUGGGCUGCAAACGUCCCUCACCACCCUGCCCUCAGAAGCAUUGCAGACUGAGGCCCUCAAACUCUUCAAGUCUUGCCAGCUGUUCAUCAAUGUCCCCGUAGAAGCUUCAUCAAUAGAUUAUCACGUUACAUUGGCACAAACAGCACUUCAGGUCUGCCUGACCCACAGUGAGCUCCAGAAUGAAAUCUACUGUCAACUGAUGAAGCAGACCAGCCGAGAGGGCCAGAAUCACUCUGUUAUUCAGUGCUGGCAGCUACUGGCUCUUUGCUCUCCUCUCUUCCUGCCUCAGCACCACUUCCUCUGGAAUCUCAAGCAUCAUCUGCAGCACCAUGCGGACCCAAAAACUGAAGUAGGCAAGUAUGCCAUCUACUGUCAGAGGUCAAUGGAGCACACUUUGAAAGCUGGAGAGCGAGAAGCCAGACCUUCCCGAAUGGAGAUUGUGUCCAUUUUGCUGAGGAACCCCUAUCACCACUCCCUCCCCUUCAGCAUCCCAGUCCACUUCAUGAAUGGAACCUAUCAGGUGGUUGGCUUUGAUGGCUCUUCAACUGUAGAUGAGUUUCUGCAGCGGCUGAACCAGGAGACAGGGAUGAGGCGAUCAGCUCUCUCUGGAUUUUACCUCUUUACAGAUGAUCCUUCUGGCAGAGAUCUAGAACACUGCCUACAAAGCCCCGUGAAGAUCUGUGAUAUCAUUUCAAAAUGGGAGCAAGCAUUGAAAGAACUGAAUCCAGGAAAAUAUGAUGGUGGUACACGAAUAGUGAAACUCACCUAUAAAAAUAGAUUAUAUUUCCGAAGUCACGCAAAAGCUGAGACAGACCGAGAGCGCUUAUUGCUGGCUUUCCAGAUCAAUGGUGAAAUAGCUAAUGGGAGAUUCCCAGUCAAUAAGGAGCUGGCUCUGGAAAUGGCAGCUUUGAUGGCUCAGGUGGAAUAUGGGGACUUAGAUCGACCAAUACCAUCCAACUCUGGUGGAGCAUCCCAUUCCAAAAUGCAACAUUUUCUCCAGCAGGUUCUGGACAAAUUUUACCCCAAGCGCUACAGACACAGUAUUUCUUCUGAACAGUUACGGCGGCUGGCUGACCGAUUAGCUACUAAAUGGAUGGUGCUGCAAGGGUGUUCUCUACAAGAAUGUGUUCGGAUCUAUUUGACUGUGGCUCGGAAAUGGCCCCUCUUUGGAGCCAAACUGUUUACUGCUAAGCCUGUCCUACCUUCUUCUUUGGAAGACGCUCCACUAUGGAUAGCUGUGAAUGAAGAUGGAAUCAGUAUACUGGACUAUAACACUUUGCACUUAAAAUUAGCUUACUCCUAUUCUUCUGUGCUGACUUUUGGAGGCUAUCAUGAUGACUUUAUGAUCGUAGUCAGUCAAGUGAAGGAUAGGUGUUCUGGCAAAGCCCAUUCUGAAAAACUACUUUUUACAAUGGCAGCUGUAAAGAUUGUUGAAGUGACUCUCCUUAUUGCCAGCUAUAUUAACUGCUGUUCUUCAACACCACACUUGUCUCCUGGUCCACCUGCUCAGAUCAUCAGUCCACCAUGGAGUACAUCAUCUGCUAAGAAGCUCAUGGGACAUGAAAGCAGGUCUUUCUUUCCUUCACUGCCCCGGACCACUAAGGGACCUACCCUGCUGUAAGGACUGCUCCAAGUGCCCUUUUACCACACUGUGAACUGAAAACUGCUGUGAUUUCAAUUAUUAUGUGCCCUGUUAGUCAGGCAGACUCCAAGUCUACCUCUUUAAUGAAGUGCAACAUUCCUUGUUUAAAGUUGAUGCCCUUUGUGUUUGUUGAAGGCUUUCAUGGCCGGAAUCACUGAGUUACUGUGAGUUUUCCAGGCUGCAUGGCCAUGUUCUCUAAAAUCAGGACAGUAAACAAAGAGCAACACUAAAAAAAACAGGGGAAUUCCAAACAAGAAUAAAUGAGGGCCAGCUAACACCUCCCAACAAAGGAUCUCCCAGGCAGCAACCAACCAAGCUUCGAAGCUGCAAGGCCAUUAAUUGCUAAUCAAGGCGGCCAAUUGCAACAUUCACACUUUCCUCAAGCAGACAAGAGUUCUUUCUCCAACCCUGGACAUUCCACAGAUAUAUAAACCUCACUUGCUGGUUUCUAAUAGACCUCACAACCUCUGAGGAUGCCUGCCGUAGAUGUGGGUGAAACAUCAGGAGAGCAUGCUUCUGGAACAUGACCUUAACGCCUGGAAAACUCACACCACCCAUUGAUUCCCUUUCUUCCUUAAUAGCAUUAGAGCUGGAAAUGGAGGGGUUGCCUGUUCUGAACCAACAGAGUAUAUUUAAUAUUCCUCUUUACCCUUUACUUUAUGUCAAGAUCUGCAUUGCCUCCUGG